UGGGGAGGGCGGCCCACCGAGUACUGCUGGCCUCCAGGCCGACGCCGGACAGCAUGUUCCUGAAGCUGUCUCUGCUCCUGGGGCUUCUUGCUCUGGGGCCUCAUGUCUGCAGCUGGAAGUUUGAGGACAUCAGUAAGAGUACGCCAAACUUCCGCUUGUGUGUGGAGUUUGCUGUGUUUCACUUCAAUGAACACGAGCCAGAUGAGUACGCUUACAAGCUGCUUUGGGUGGGGCGGAGCCAGCGCAAGAAGUAUAGGUGGAUAUAUUUAAUGGACCUGGAGCUGGGCCGCACAAUUUGUAAAAAACACGACGAAGACAUUGACAACUGCCCCUUGCAAGAAGGCCCGGAACAGAAAAAGGUGAGCUGCACUUUCAUUGUGGACUCACAUCCAUGGUUUACCCAGUUCACCCUCCUGAACAGCACCUGCCAGCAGAAAUGGGCGGAGGAGUUCCCGGCUCCCACAGCAGCUCCUUUUCUCCUGAAGAAUGAGGGUCUGGAGUCCUAG